AAAAGAAACUUAACUAAACCGUCGAUUCCGAUCCGGUUUGGACCGGUUCUUUGAUUUUUCGGGUCCAAACGCCACUCCCCUAGAAAUAACCAUUAGGUUAAAUCCCCUACCGGUAAAAGUAAAACGGCGCCGUUGCACGAGGCUAUAAAUAUUUUUCUGUGCGAGUUUUUACUCUCAAACCCAGAAACGCUCGUGGUGUUAACAUCCUAUUUUAGAAGACGCUUCAGUCCUCACCGGCACACUUGUUACGAUAAGUAGGUUCUUACUCUCAAUCUCAGUCUUUUCUGUAAUUUGAAAUUUCUAAGUUGGACUGAAUUAGUUGCCUUUUACAUUCUUGAAUUCAGUGCACUAGAACCAGACAGAUACUCCAAUGUUAUUGAUGAACACUGUUUCCUGUUCUUGAUUGUUAAACUACUCUGUAGGUAUAUAUGAUCAGUGACCCCUUUAGAUUUAGUAAACUGGUUCAUGCAAAAUUUAAGAACAUCAUAAAAAUGCACUCUGUUGGAUUGAACAUGUUUGUUGCUGUUGUUGGUGGUAAUCAGAAAAUCAUGAACUAUUCAUGAAAUUAUUGGUUCUGCAAUGAAGCCUUUGUCAUUUUCUAUCAUUUUUUUUUUUUGGGUGUAUCUGAUUCCUAAGCUUGAAUAUAUAUUGAAGAUAAGUAAAGGAAGUACUCGUAUUUGGUUGCAUUGGGGUGAAGACUAAACUGAAAUAAGAGAAAUCUGCCCGAUUUCAUAGGUUUUGGAUACUGUUUGGAGGGCGGAGGUCCCAUAAAGGAGUUUGCCGACAACCAUUUUCAUGUCUUUAUGCAUUUGACUGAAGGUCUGUCUUCCAACGCUUUGUCUCAUGUGCAUUGUAGUUUAGCUGCAAUUUAUACUGUGUGGUAUAUAUUGUCGUUAUUGAAUGCAAGUAUGAGAAGAACUGAAAAACGGCGGUUGUCUCUAGCCCAAAUUACUUCUCGAUCACAAUCUCAGAUGAAAGGCAAGUCAGGGCCAUAUAUCUCAUGGAACAAAGAAAUGGAUGCUGCAUUGGCUAAAGCGUUGAUUGACCAAAUGAAGCAAGGUAAUAAGGUUGGUGGACAGUGGACACGACAUGCCAUUCCAGCAGUUGUGCGUGAGUUAAAUAUGACUUUAGAUCUUGGUUUGACAAAAGACAAUGUGAAGAAUAGACUUAAGGCUUGGAAGAGACAUUAUGCCAUUAUUUCUGAUAUCAAGAAUCAAAGUCAGCUUAUGUGGGAUGAAGGUAGGAAGAUGGUUGUAAUCAGAUCAGAAAAUCUGGAAGCUUGGAAUGAUUAUGUUGAGUCACAUCCUCUUGCACGUGGUUAUCAAAACAAAUUCAUCGAUAAUUGGGAUGACAUUGCAUUGCUAUGUGGGAAGGAUAAGACAACAGUUGAAGGUGCAGAGAAUAUUGAAGAUGUUGAAGGAGCAAUGGGAGUUGAAAAGGAAAAUGGAGUCAAUUUCAUCUCUAAUUCCCGUAGUCUUACACAUCCUUCAGCUUCAACUUCGGAAUCACAUCCACGGAUGAAGAAAGCCAACAAACAUUCGUGGAGGGUUGAAGAAGAAAAUGAAGUCAAUUCCAUUUCUAAUUCACAUAGCUCAACACAUCCUUCAGCAUCAACUUCUAACUUGCAUCCGAAGAAGAAAGCAAAGAAAGUGAAGAAAGAUCUCUUGGCAGAUGCAAUUGGUGAGAUGACGACUUCACUAAAGGAGUAUUUGGCAAGCAAGAUGGACCUGAAUAGAUCCCAACCCAAAGGUGAAGAAGUAUAUGAAGUGGUUUCAAAGGUACCAGGGCUCAAUAGAUUGCAGGUUUUUAAGGCUAUACGAGUAUUACUGAAUGGUAACCCAGAAGAAUUCUUUUCUAUUGAAAUAUCUUCCUGAUGCUGAGAAGACAGAGUGGAUACUAUACCUUAUUAGUCAUUCUUAAGAGUAAUGGAGUUGAAGAAACUGGAGAGAUGUUGGAUGUUCAUUACGUUGUUAACGCUCGCCAUGGAGUUUUUGGAGUGUCCAUUGAUGCAGUCAAUCAGAAGCUUAGAGUCCCCUUCAACCUGGAGAUUCUUGUAGAUAUCGCGAGUGCUGCUUUUAGCCCUGCUAUAAGCCAGCUCAUUCAGUUUGUAAAACAUUGUUGUUGCCACACUGCCUAGCAUAACAAGAGGGAUGCCAUCUUCAUUUCUGAUUGUAGAACCAGGCACUGCAGUGGUAUUCUGCUUAACCGAGUGAGCCAUCAAACAUCAGUUAUACAAAAUUCAAUGUUGGUUGUCUCCAUUUGAUUACCCUUGGAGUGUUUGCAGUAGAUGUGUUUUGCCUCUUGGAGUUAGCAUCCCAGAAUUCUCUGCCAGCAUGAGUUUCAACACAAAUGACCUUCACUGGAUGAGGCUUGAUUUUUUGGUAUGACUGGAUGGCUGGGGAUUAGUUUGUCUGAAAUUAUGUUUCGUGAAUCCCAAAUUCGCCAGCUGAUAGCCUGAUAGUAUGAUCUCGGCUAAAGCUUUAGUAUUCCACUGUUGGCCGGGGCUACAUUGCUGAUAUUUGCUGUAACCACUCAGAGAACGAAGUGACUGGGAUCCGUUGAUAUAUUUCCGGACCUCUGAAGCUAAUGUGCUGGCAGUAAAAAGAUGUUCCUGAGUUGCUUGGGGGAAAGUAGGUUCUAUGGCUCCUAUGAUUCUGAGAAGCCUGUUCCUUAUACUUCAGUCUGUCCCUGCCAAGCAAGAAUUUUAACCUUACCAGGGAUGUUCAGUUUUCAAAUUUUCUUUAAGAUACUAGACAUCCCAGGUUUGCUAGUUGUUUCAUUUGCAGAACUUGCUUGCUUUCUUGACGGUACCAGAUCGGACCUACCACGAUAUUACUACUAGAGGCAAGGGGAUUGACACCAUUUGAUUCACAUUGUCCAUUGGAAGACUAAUUUCCCAUUUUUCUGUUGUUCUGAUACCAGCUAUUGUAAUCAACGUAAGUAACUGAGAUUAUAAUCAAUUGCAAUUUUCUG